ACGAGUGCAACGCACGUUCCAUAAUAGAGAAGUCGAUAAAAAGAUAUUUCCGAAGGCGUGAGUGAACAAAACUCCAUUUCCCGCUACGCUACUGCUUCGAUUUCGAGGUGGAGCUCCUUCCAACUUGUAAACCCUUCCCAACUGCAAAGGGUUUUCGCCCUUCCGAUACGGAAUGUCCGCUCUCACAUCUCUCUCACUCUCUCUUCGCACACUCUCCCUCCGCCCCAAACCAACAACCUCACUUUCCGCUUCACUCUCUGCAAUCCCAGGAACAGGAAGUAGCGAUGGAUCUAAAACCAAAGUACCUCCCCGCAAAAGAACGAGGAGAAUAGAAGGCCCUAGAAAGAGCAUGGAGGACUCCGUUCAACGAAAGAUGGAGCAGUUUUACGAAGGCUCCGAUGGGCCUCCGCUUCGCGUUCUGCCCAUUGGCGGUUUGGGAGAAAUUGGGAUGAAUUGCAUGCUAGUCGGGAACCAUGACCGCUACAUUCUCAUUGAUGCUGGUGUCAUGUUUCCAGAUUAUGAUGAACUUGGAGUUCAAAAGAUUAUACCUGAUACCACGUUUAUAAGAAAGUGGAGCCACAAGAUUGAAGCGCUUGUCAUAACGCAUGGUCAUGAAGAUCAUAUUGGUGCGUUGCCUUGGGUCAUUCCAGCAUUGGAUUCCAAUACACCAAUUUUUGCAUCUUCCUUUACAUUGGAGCUUAUGAAAAAACGUUUGAAGGAACAUGGUAUUUUCGUUCCAUCUAGACUCAAAGUAUUUAGAACAAGGAAGAAGUUUGUGGCUGGGCCAUUUGAGAUAGAACCCAUCAGGGUGACCCAUUCUAUUCCUGAUUGUUGUGGACUAGUUCUUCGCUGUUCUGAUGGUACUAUUCUUCACACUGGGGACUGGAAGAUUGAUGAAACACCACUUGAUGGGAAAGUUUUUGAUCGUGAAGCUUUAGAGGAACUCUCUAAAGAAGGAGUGACAUUGAUGAUGAGUGAUUCAACAAAUGUACUCUCACCUGGAAGGACAAUUAGUGAAUCUGUUGUGGCAGAUGCUUUGUUGAGACAUAUUUCAGCAUCUAAAGGAAGGGUUAUUACUACCCAAUUUGCAUCAAAUCUACAUCGGCUUGGUAGUGUGAAAGCUGCUGCUGAUUUAACUGGCAGAAAGUUGGUAUUUGUUGGCAUGUCUUUAAGGACGUAUUUAGAUGCAGCUUGGAAGGAUGGAAAGGCUCCAAUUGAUCCAUCCACUCUGGUGAAAGCAGAGGAUAUUGAUGCUUAUGCUCCAAAGGAUCUGCUAAUUGUAACAACAGGUUCUCAAGCAGAACCACGUGCUGCCUUGAACCUUUCAUCUUACGGAAGUAGUCAUGCUUUCAAACUAACCAAGGAAGAUGUUGUUUUGUAUUCAGCUAAGGUUAUCCCUGGUAAUGAGUCUCGUGUGAUGAAAAUGCUAAACCGCAUAUCAGAGAUUGGAUCAACAAUUGUUAUGGGGAAAAAUGAAGGUCUGCACACAUCUGGUCAUGCAUAUCGUGGAGAAUUGGAAGAAGUACUUAGAAUAGUGAAGCCACAACAUUUUCUUCCAAUCCAUGGAGAACUUUUGUUCCUGAAGGAACAUGAAUUACUUGGAAAAUCAACUGGGAUACGGCACACUGCUGUUAUUAAGAAUGGAGAGAUGCUUGGUGUUUCACAUUUGAGAAAUAGAAGAGUUCUUUCCAAUGGUUUCAUUUCCCUUGGAAAAGAGAACUUACAGUUGAAAUAUAGUGAUGGCGAUAGAGCAUUUGGUACAUCUAGUGAUCUCUUCAUUGAUGAAAGAUUGAGAAUCGCAUUAGAUGGCAUCAUUGUCAUUAGCAUGGAAAUAUUUCGCCCUAAAGUUUUAGAUGGUUCGGCUGAAAACACCUUGAAAGGGAAGAUAAGGAUUACCACGAGAUGCUUAUGGCUUGACAAGGGGAAACUGAUGGAUGCACUCUACAAAGCUGCCCGUGCAGCUCUUUCAAGCUGCCCUGUAAAGAGUCCACUUGCUCACAUCGAAAGAAUUGUGUCUGAGGUAUUGAGGAAGACGGUGAGGAAGUACAGUGGUAAACGGCCUGAAGUUAUUGCCAUUGCCAUAGAAAAACCUGCAGCCAUUCUUGCUGAUGAGAUAAACACGAAAUUGUCUGGCAAAUCCCAUGUGGGUCUUGGAAUGUCAGCCUUAAGUAAAGCGGUGGAUGGACAUAGGAAGGGAAAUCAGUCCACUGCACUGCAAGUUAAAGAUGAUAGUAUUGGUAAUGCAAGUGGAGCAGGGGGUGAUUUAUCCGAUGAAAACAACACUGCAAGUGGGCCUGAGGGUUAUUUAUCCGAGGAAGACAACACUGCAAGUGGGGCCGAGGGUGAUUUAUCUGAGUCAGAGGAUUCAGAUGAAUUUUGGAAACCAUUCAUUACAUCAUUACCAGUUGAGAAGUCAAUCAGUGCUGACAAUAGUUAUGUUUCACAAAAGGAGCAAAAGUCCAAUUUGAAGAAAGAUGAUUCUGAAGACAUUGAUGAAGCCAAGUCAGAAGAAACGUCUAAUUCUGAACCCAAGCUUUCAAAAUUAGUUAAGAGAAAUAAAUGGAAAACUGAGGAAGUUAAGAAGCUGAUUGGUAUGCGUGGGGAACUAAGUGACAGAUUUCAAGUUGUGAAGGGAAGGAUGGCCCUCUGGGAAGAGAUUUCUCAAAAAUUGUUGGCUGAUGGGAUCAGCAGAAGUCCCGGACAGUGCAAAUCUCUGUGGACAUCUUUGGUAGUCAAAUAUGAGGGGAUUAAGAAUAAAAAUGAUAGCAAGAAAAGUUGGCCAUACAUAGAAGACAUGGAAAGGAUAAUGUCUGAUAAAGAAGCCCCUGCAACAAAAUGAUUGGAAAUAUGGUGGACACUGGUCAGUAUAAUAAAUAUUUUGGAGAGCCAUCUACAUUAAAAUUGUUGAUAAGUUUGAGCAUGGUGGCCAGGAAGAUAAUCCAUGACUUGCAUGACAUUGAAGAUCCAUAGUUUUUUGAAGGCUGAGGGAUACACAAACAUAAAGGGGUUGGCUUUCAUACUGACACGGGAAUAUCUGGGUUUAGGGGUCGUUUUAUUCUCCACCUCAAAUGCCUGUCCCCGUUUUUUAUUACAUUUGUCCAAUAUAUGUCAUAAUUAAUUUAUUGUUUUUGUUGGUGGCACAUAUUGGGUGCCCUAGGAAACCAUGGAAAUGUCUACAUUUUGGCCAGACAUUGAACUAUGGAAAGAGUUUUGAUGCUUUUACUCGCCAGUGCCAACUUAAAUUCCCUGGCUUACAUAUUUAUUUGUUCUUUUUUGGUUCA